UCUUAAUGUUGGAUAAUCAUAAUACCGAUUCCAAUGAGUCUUCGAGUAGAGUCACAGUUGUGACCAAUACCGGUUUAGUAGAUGUGGUACUAAUAAAUGACAUUAACCUAAAAUAUCUCAUUCAGUAAAAAGUCAAAAUAUCAUUCUUGAGGAAACUGAAGAUUUUAUUUCCAGAAUUUCGUACUGAGUCCUUUAAUCCUCUUCUUUAAAAGGAUCUUUCGUCAAUUAUCCUCUCUCUCUAGUCUCUACCCCUUGACGGUUCUCUCUCUGUUUCGUGUGAGGUUGAGUUGAUCACUACAUACAUCUUUAGCAAUGGUCGGAAACUCUGACGGAUUCGAGGCUGCUUCAACGCCAUUGGAGGGCAAAGCCGAGCAGAACGGGAAAGGGGAUCAAGUCUCGAUCAAGUUUGGUUCACACGGUGAGCCAAGCAAAGUUGAAGGAAAGACUAACAAGAACGUAUCAAAAUCUGAUGUUCCCAAAAAUGUCUCUGAAGACUGGCCUGCAGAGAAGAAGCAGCUGCGACAUACUUUCUACUUUGUCAAACAACGCUCUUACGAGGACCCCAAAAUCAAAGCUAAGCUUGAUCAGCUUGACCAAGAACAUCAGAAGUUGAACCUUGCUCGAGCUGGAGUUUUCGAGAAGUUAAAAGCUAAAAGGGCUGAGAAAUCUGAGUUAUUCGAUCUUCUGGAGCCGUUGAAAUCUGAGCGUCAAGGGUUCAAUAACAUGUUCGAUGAGAAGAGGAAAGAAAUGGAGCCAUUGCAGCAGGCACUUGGAAAGCUUAGGGGCAGUGGUAUCUGUUCGUCUGAGCAAGAGCUGAAUGAUAUGAUACGCGGCUUGGAAUAUCGUAUUCAGCACGAAAGCAAUACGCUAAACGAAGAGAAGCAGCUUCUCAAAGAGAUCAAGCAGUUUGAGGGGACAAGGAGUAAGGUCAUUGCUAAUGAGGCAAUGAGAGCCAGAAUCAAGGAGUCAUUGGGCCAUAAAGAAGACAUCCAAGAUCAAGUUAAGUCAAUGGGUUCUGGUCUGGAUGGAGUUAAAAAGGAGCGGCAAGCGAUUUCAUCGAGGAUCAAUGAGCUGAGCGAAAAGAUAAAAGCUUCAAAAGACAAGAUUCAAGCGCUUACGGAUGAGCUGAAGAUUGUGACUGAGAAGAGGGACACAAAUUAUUCAAACAUUCAAGAGACCAGGAAGCUACGUGAUGCCAAGAAUGCAAACUUUUACCAAAGCCGUGGUGUGUUGAACAAAGCUAGAGACUUGGCUGCGCAAAAGAAAGUAAAAGAACUUGAAGCGCUCUCUCAUGCCGAGGGUGAGAAAUUCAUGUCUCUCUGGUGCAGUGACAAGAAGUUCAGAGAAGAUUAUGAAAAGAGACUCUUGCCAUCACUGGACGCUAGGCAGCUAAGCGGAGAUGGACGUAUGAGGAACCCUGAAGAGAAUCCUCUGCUUCCUCCAGAGCCAUCGGCAAAGCCAAUGCCUUCUGAAACAGAGGUUGUGUCUAAAGCUAGAACAAAACAGCCUGAGGAGGAUCCAGAGCGUGAGAGGAAAGCAAAGAAGAAAGCUGGAGACGACGCUGUAGAGUCUGAGGAAGUUCCAGAAGCUUCUGAGCAAGACAAAGACGAGGUUGAUGAUCAAGAAAUGAAGAGACCCGUGGAAGAAAAAGUCUCAAAGGGGAAGAAACAGAUAAGGAAUAGGAAUCACAGAAGGGGACUUGAAACUCCUCUCCCAAGACCGAGCCUGAAGCGUAAGAAGUCGAGUAAUUACUUGGUUUGGGCAAUUCCUGCUGCUCUUGUGGCUCUGGUGCUUCUCGUGUUUGGUCUCUACUACUACGCUCUCUAGAUCAUAAUCCAGAAAAUGAGAAUCAACAGGUAGUUAGAAGAGAAAACCUUGUGAUCUUAGGUAGCUUGGAAUCUUUAAAGUUGUUACUUUUUUUCUGGUUUUGUUUUGAGGAUAAGCUCUAAAAGUCUCAAGUUAAGACUAUUCUCAGGGAUACUUCGUUUUUGUAUUCUAAAGUUUUCAACUAUAGUGAAUAGAAAGCAUAGAAACAGAUUUUUGUGGAUUUU